CGGUUUCUACCCACAAUGCAAUGCAGUGCUCAUGCUCCGCGAAGUGGCUCCAAAGGAAGGGAAAAGCAAAACAAAACAAAAAGACAACAGCGCCGUGGCCUUUGAGGAAGACAAGAAAAGAAAAAAAACUUUACUAACCGAACAACUUUUUGAGGUGCUAUAACGUGUUUUUUUUAACAUUUUUGAAACAAAGAAAAAAAGCAAUGCACAUCCGAUAUUUUUUUGCUCUCUAGCAACCGGUGCCUUUAAACAUUUGAAAUACCUUCUUACUGUUUGACUUCUCUCUAUGUUUGAGACUCUUCCGGCGGUAGAGGUGGUGGUGGCGGCGGCGGCGGCGGCAGCAGCAGCGGCGAAGGCAGUGGUGCCAUGAAUAGCGGACACCCAGCCUCAGCAGUGCAGCUGUCGGGAGUCGGGAUUCCCGGUGUCAAGGUGAAGUAUUGCCGAUACUACGCCAAGGAUAAGACUUGCUUCUAUGGAGACGAGUGCCAGUUCUUGCACGAGGACCCGUCCAUGGCAGGCCUGGUUCUCCACAGCGGCGGCAGUCCCGUACCUCUCUCACUGUCCACGGGUGCUCCUGUUUCAGGAUACACCCUUGGUGGAGCGGGGCCAAGCCCCGGAGCAGCAGGGGCUGGAGGAGGAGGAGGAGGCGGUAGUAGCGGAGGACUCGGUGCAGGUGGAAGUGUCGGUGCAGGAAGCAGUAUUGGUGUCGUGGGGCCGAAAAAGAACGAAAACAUGGGGUCGGCUGGACCAGGGUUGGAGGCGUCGCUACUCACUAUUCCAGGAUUGGAUGGAAGCUCUUUAGCAGAAGUUAAUCCUACAAACUCAUACUUCAGUAGUACUUUUAUUGGGCUGAAUGGAAGUCCUGCUGAACAUAAAUAUUCCAUGAUUCAGAGAAUGACUAGCAGUAGCAGCUCUCCCAGCCUACUAAAUGACAGUGCCAAGACAUAUAACACACAUGAUUUGGUAAAUUCACCUGCUUCUACUUCCCUGUUUAAUGAAUUUGCUGCUUUGAACAUAUCCCAGAGGAGAAAGGCACCAAACCCAGCAGCCAAUGAAUUUGUCCCUAAGGGGGCCACUACACCAAGGAUGAGUAAUGUGUCUCAGUCCAGUAUGUCUGCCUUUUCAUCAGCCUUGUUUUCCCAUCCAUCUAUGGGUAGUACAUCAGCGGCUGGUUUAGCACCUGGAAUGUCUUUAUCAGCUGGGUCUUCUCCAUUGCAUUCGCCCAAAAUUACUCCCCAUACAUCACCUGCCCCACGUAGACGGAGCCAUACUCCCAACCCAGCAAAUUAUAUGGUGCCUACUAAUGCCUCUGCUCCAGGCUCUGAUUCAGCCGGGCAGUCUUCAGCAUCGCAGAUUAUUCAGAAGGAAACAGUGGGAGGAACCACAUAUUUCUACACUGAUUCAACUCCAGCUCCAUUAACAGGAAUGGUUUUUCCGACCUAUCACAUAUAUCCUCCAACACCACCUCAUGUUGCAUAUAUGCAACCAAAAGCAAAUGCACCUUCAUUUUUUAUGGCUGAUGAGCUUCGGCAGGAGUUGAUCAACAGGCAUUUAAUAACAAUGGCCCAAAUUGAUCAAGGUGAAAAUCCAGGGGUUCCUGCAGAAGUGGACAACUAUCAUAGCCUGUUUCCUUUAGAACCACUGCCACCUCCAAAUCGUCUUCAGAAAACAAGCAACUUCAGUUAUGUUACAUCCUGUUACAAAGCUGUGAAUAGUAAAGAUGAUCUGCCAUACUGCCUUCGCCGAAUACAUGGAUUUCGUCUUGUUAAUACAAAAUGUAUGGUAUUAGUAGAUAUGUGGAAGAAAAUCCAGCAUUCCAACUUUGUUACAUUAAGGGAAGUGUUUACAACAAAAGCAUUUGGAGAACACUCUCUUGUAUUUGCUUAUGAUUUUCAUGCUGGUGCAGAGACCAUGUUUAACAAGCAUUUCAAUGAUCCCAGUGCAGAUUCAUAUUUCACAAAAAGGAAAUGGGCAGGUCAGCAUGAUGGGCCACCACCACGGCAGCAUGCAGGCCUGUUACCAGAAUCACUUAUCUGGGCAUAUAUUGUCCAACUUAGCUCAGCUCUUCGAACUAUUCAUACUGCUGGGCUGGCCUGCCGUGUCAUGGACCCAACAAAGAUUCUUAUUACAGGAAAAACCAGAUUACGUGUGAAUUGUGUGGGAAUAUGUGAUGUCUUAACAUUUGACAACAGUCAGACAAAUCCAUUGGCAAUGAUGGCUCAGUACCAGCAAGCAGAUCUCAUAUCUUUAGGGAAGAUUGUGUUAGCGCUAGCUUGUAAUUCAUUGGCAGGAAUUCAAAGAGAAAAUCUUCAGAAGGCAAUGGAACUGGUGUCGAUAAACUACUCUUCUGACUUAAAAAAUCUUAUCUUGUAUCUCUUAACAGACCAAAACAGAUUGAGGAGUGUAAAUGACAUCAUGCCUAUGAUUGGUGCAAGGUUUUACACUCAGUUAGAUGCAUCACAGAUGAGAAAUGAUAUUAUUGAAGAAGACUUGGCAAAGGAAGUACAAAAUGGCAGACUAUUCAGACUGCUUGCAAAAUUGGGAACCAUCAACGAAAGGCCAGAAUUCCAAAAAGAUCCAUCAUGGUCAGAGACUGGUGACAGAUAUUUACUUAAACUCUUCAGAGAUCAUCUCUUCCAUCAGGUGUCAGAAGCAGGUACCCCCUGGAUUGAUCUCAGUCAUAUUGUGUCCUGCCUAAAUAAGUUAGAUGCUGGUGUGCCAGAAAAAGUAAGUUUGGUUUCCCGAGAUGAGAAGAGCAUUCUUGUUGUUACUUAUGCUGAUUUGAAACGGUGCUUUGAAAAUACGUUUCAAGAACUCUUGGCAGCUGCAAAUGGUCAGUUGUAGUAUUUGCUGGAAUUGUGACAGAAAUCACCUUGGAACUAAAACAAUAGCAAGUUGCACUACAACUGAUGAGUCAUCUCAUUUCACUUUAAAAAAAGAAAAAAAUGGGAAUGAGCAGUGGUGCUUGCACUUCAGUCAGGUACAAUGUUUUCAUGAAGGAUUUUUUCUUCUUUUGUUCCAAACAGAGUUCCGAUUCUUGGCAUUCUAGCUGCAAAGACUCUUUUAGAUUGGGAACAAAAUCGGAUUGAUAAUGUUCCGGCUUUUAUUUUCUCAAGGUUAAUGCACUAAUUUUAAGUUUGUUUAUAACUUCUUCUGAAUGAUUUGAUGCUCUGCCGUAUUGGUUUCUUAUUUAUAGAGAACAUUUAUCCCUAAGGGAUGAAACAAAAUUCUGGGCAACCAUUGUUUUUUAAAACUGAAGAGUAACAGUGAAAUAUUUGCACCCAAAAAUAUGGUAAGGACCACGUAUAUAAUUCCAUAGGAUAUGCUAUUAAUGACUGCAGUUUGUACAAUAACUAUGCUCAUUGAAGAAUGUGUACUAUACGGUCCAUAUUCAUUCAGGUUAAAACCAAUAAGGUCUACAUUAGAAUUACAUAAGGUUACCAAUUAUAUAUUUAAUGGGCAAAGACUUCAGCUUUGUUUUAUUAGCUAAAGUCACAAACUACUCAAUACUGGCAUUUUUUUUUCCUCCUAUUUUUGGAAUGAAUAUAAACACCAGCGCCUUUUUAAAAUAUUCUUUCCAACUUGGGAUUGUGUUUCUUUUAGUAAAAGCAAACUGAUGUUUAUUCAAGGAUAUAUCUUUCAUCAUUAUAUUCCACACCUUCCCAAACAUUUUAAUUUUUAUAUGUAUAAUUCAGUACCUGAAGUGUUUGAAGCACAUUGCAUUGUUUUGACUUUACUUUUAAAUGACAUUUUCUGAAACAGUGACUUUAUUGUAGGGUACUUAACACUGGAUACAAGAUGUGGACAAUGUCAAGUGGAUACACAGACACAGCAGCCACCUGGCAUUAUAGCUUUUGAAUUUUAUUCCCUGUUUCAGGAGAGGUUUAAGGUCUGCUGUGCCUUAUAGUUAAAGUUUAUCCCUAAAGCUGGCUUUCCACUUGCUUGAAGUUAAUCAAACCCAUUUGAAGUGCCGGCUCACUAUUCUUUUUUUUCCUUCAUUGUUGAUCAUGUGCCGAAUUUUUUUUUUUUUUUGUUAAUAAACAUGAUUAAGCCAUCUUGGUGAAGCAUGGAUAUGAACAUUAUUUCCCAGAUUCUCAACCCUGCCAAACAGUAAGAUGGAUAUAAAUAAAAACAUGAAAAAUGCUAGAGGGGAACUGGAAAAUUUCACAGGUCUGAAUUUUGUGCAGCACUGUGUGUGCUUGAUUGCAAACUAAAAUAUGGGAAUUCUGAAGAUCACAGCAUAUUGUUCAGCACUUGCAAUCAGUUUUACAGGUUUGUAUUUUUAAGUAUUGACACUUAAUUGCAAACAUUUUUGUGCUGUAAUUUUAUAUGCUUGGCAUGGAGAUAAGUGUUUUCCCCCACCCACAUCCUUUAUAUCCAUUUUUCCAGCCAUUCCCCGCUGCGAUCAAAAUUGCUUUUUGUAGCACUGAUGUAUAAACAUUAAAAAGGAUAGUACAUUGUUGAUUCGAACUGUCACUUGACAGGUUUUACUUUGGAUUACACUUAAUCACUGUUUUCCUUUCACAUUAAUGUGAAAUAUUUUUAAAAUUAAAAUGAGCAAAAACAGACUUUUAUCACUAGCUCAUUUACUGGCAGAAGGGCAGCUGUCUUUUUGUAUGUUUUUGACAAAUCACAUUGUAAUUAUUUUCUAUAAAAACAUUUGGUAUUCUAGAUGCAAAAUGAUUUGCUUAAUUUAUAAGCAGACAAAAAAAAGUUCAUUUUUCAUACUUUAUUUGAAAAAGCAUUUAAGGGGAUCAUCAGGAAAUGAUUGUAGUAGGCUUUUACCCUUUUGGAAAAAGUGGACCAAUAAUUGAAGUGGCACCUACUUUAAAAGAAGCAAGGGCAGAGGUAAACAUUAGGUUUUUUUAAUUACUUUUGCUUACUUUGGUCAUUAUAACGAAAAAGAAGUGACUGGGAUUAUUUUAUAAAGUUAUUAGACUUCACUUAGAAACUAUAGGAAUUUUAUGUUUUUUGUGAAUCAGUUUCAUUAUUGCUAUAUCAUAUGAUAGUUUCAUUUUUGCUACUUGGGAGAAUGUUAUUUAGGUGGAAGGUUAUACUGGCAUUUUUAAAAAUCUUAUGUUAUCCCAGUUUAGUUAACUGUGAUUUUUAUAAAGCAAGCAGGAAAAAAAUACAAACUUGAUCUUUGCAUGUUUUGCUUCUUUACUAUCCCUUAUUCUAUAAGAGUCAUUAUGAUGCUUUAAGAAUUCCCAUAACCAGCACUUUGCCCUUUGCAGAUUUAAAAAAGCAACUUUUGGGCUUCAAGAAUCUUUCUUUUUUUAAAACCUCAGGUUGAGCUAAACAUGUACAUUGUGUUUGUUUUUACUCAUCUUUGAUGUUAUUUGUUCUAAACAUGUAUGUAUUAAGUGAUCAGCAGUAGCCAAACUUCUUCAUAGAUUAAAUAAUAUGUUUUACUAUUUGGAAUGCUGCAGAUAGUUUGAUUGGAAACGGACAAAAUAAACCGGUAGUUACAGAUCCUUAAAUGAAAUUGCCAUGUGUCUAGGUUAAGGGCAAUGCUGUAAAUAUCUUGGGAACUUAUAGCAUAUAUGGAAGCAGCAUUUUUGUAAAGGUUGUUAAGGGUUACAAUUCAAAGAAAUAUGCAGUUUUUUGUGUUUGAAAACUGUGGUUAUUUUUUUUUUCUUUUGGGGGAAAAAUUUUGCUCAGUACCCACCUUCGUGAAUGUUCUGGGAAACCAAAAUACUUAGAUAUUUACCUUGCCCUUGUUUCACUGCAAAAAUGUUUCUGGUAGAUUUUUUUCACCAGAGCCUCUGUCUUGUUAUUUUUUUUUCUUUUUUCUUUUUUUAUCAUAACCCCUCUUGUGUCUCAAACUUUGCAAUAUGUGUGUGUACAGCAGUAUUUUAAUAAAGAAUACCAAACCUAUUUGCCUUUUACUUUUUAUUAAAUCAGUCAUUUGUUCAUGUUUUUAUUGAAUUUCCAGGUACUCUGCAUUAUUAGAAAGCACUUCAGAGAGUAUGCAAUACCUUGAAUAUGGCUUAUAGUGUCAUAUUAUCAAUAUGGUACAGUCAAGCA